AAUGUUACUUGUGUACGCACUGGAGUACCGGACAUUUGUACAGCCCGGUACGGCAGUCACGAGUGUUAAUGAAAAAUAUUAUAAUUAUUAUCAAAGUCGGUUUACUUUUUUCCUAAUUCUGCAUUCAGUAUUUACUAAUAACACAUUACUAAAUGUUUAUGACUUUUCAUUCUGUUUUUUAACGUUGGACGUGAUAAUUCAAAUUAAUCGCUGCGUUUAAUUUAACCACAAACAUAGUGUAAUGGGUGAAGACAAAGAAAGAGAACGAGACAGGGACCGUGGAGAACGUGAUAAAGAACGUGGUGAAAGACGGCGACGUUCACGAUCUAGAGACCGCGAACGUCAUCGCAGACAUCGAUCAAGGAGUCGCGAAGGACGUAAACGUAGUAGAUCUAAGUCACCUAAAAAUAAGUCUAGACGUAGAAAACCAUCUCUUUAUUGGGAUGUUCCGCCACCAGGUUUUGAACAUAUUGCGCCUCUUCAAUAUAAAGCCAUGCAAGCUGCUGGACAAAUUCCUGCAAAUACAAUGCCAGAUACCCCUCAAACAGCUGUCCCUGUUGUUGGCUCUACAAUUACACGCCAAGCAAGAAGGUUGUAUGUUGGCAACAUACCAUUUGGUGUAACAGAGGAUGAAAUGAUGGAAUUCUUUAAUCAGCAGAUGCAUUUGUCUGGAUUAGCUCAAGCUGCUGGUAAUCCUGUGCUUGCAUGUCAAAUUAAUUUAGAUAAAAAUUUUGCAUUUUUGGAGUUUAGGUCUAUUGAUGAAACUACUCAAGCAAUGGCUUUUGAUGGUAUUAAUUUCAAAGGCCAGAGUUUGAAAAUAAGACGACCACAUGAUUAUCAGCCAACACCUGGAAUGACCGAGAGUAAUCCAGUGACAAACUAUAAUUCUGGAAUGACUUUAGACAUGAUGAAAUAUGAUUCCAGCUCAUUUGGUCUUGGAACAGUUCCAGAUUCACCACACAAAAUAUUUAUUGGAGGAUUACCAGCAUACCUUAAUGAUGAACAGGUGAAAGAACUACUUACAUCAUUUGGUCAGUUAAAAGCAUUCAAUUUGGUCAAGGAUGCUGCCACUGGUUUAAGUAAAGGUUAUGCAUUCUGCGAGUAUGCUGAUGUUGUGAUGACUGAUCAGGCCAUUGCUGGUUUGAAUGGUAUGCAAUUAGGAGAAAAAAAAUUAAUUGUACAGAGGGCCAGUAUUGGAGCAAAAAAUCCUGGUCUUGGUCAAGUACCUGUAACAAUUCAAGUCCCUGGACUUACAGUUGUUGGAACUGCAGGACCUCCAACCGAGGUUUUAUGUUUACUGAAUAUGGUAACUCCAGAUGAACUUAAAGAUGAAGAAGAAUAUGAAGAUAUUCUGGAAGAUAUUCGUGAAGAGUGUAAUAAAUACGGCGUAGUUCGGUCACUAGAAAUUCCACGGCCUAUUGAAGGAAUUGAUGUGCCUGGUUGCGGAAAAGUGUUUAUAGAGUUUAAUACUAUUGUUGACUGUCAAAAAGCACAACAAGCUUUGGCAGGCCGAAAGUUCAACAACAGAGUUGUUGUUACUUCAUUCAUGGAACCAGACAAAUAUCAUAGAAGAGAAUUUUAAUUACAAUAAUACUAAACUAAUAAUUAAAAUAUUUGAAUAUUUAUAAUAUUUUUUAAGUUACAGAACCCCUCAAUAUUGAAUUACGACUUAAACUAGUUACAUUAACCUUUAGAUGCAUUUUUUUUUGUCUUUUUGUUAUAUGACUUUUAGACUGAGAUAAAAAUAUUAAAAAUAAAUAAUUCUACCAAUUUGAAUAGUUUAAGAAAAUUUUGUACGAUAUUUAUUAUUAUCGUGUGUAAAAAAUGGUUAAGUGAAUGCCAAAGUGUUUGUAAUUAUUCAUGAAAAUAAUUUUGCUUGGUAUAAACUCAUAGAGCCAGUAUUUUAAGUAGCUUUACCAUAUUUUACCAUACUCAUAGAAACAAUGUAUCAUGUAUGUAUAUCAUUGGAUUUUUAUUUUUAUUUAGUAUUGGUAUUAAAAAAAUAAAAAACACUAGGACAUAAUUAAACUUUUCUUCAAUAUACUGUGAAAAUUUGGUAAAUCUACUGUAAAUAAUAUAUUUAUAUGUUUGUACCGCA